AUGCCGUUGUCCGUCCUCCGCCGCCGCUUGCGGGGUCACCCGCCGCUCCCCCCCGUCCCGCCGCCCGCCCGGGCCCUGCCGCGGCCACCCUUCGCUUUCUCCCCGCGCCGCCUGCGCCUGGGCCCGCGGCACCCGCUGUUUGAGGAUGGCGACGUGCAGAGGCACCUGUACCUGCGGGAGGCCCUCACGGGCCGCGCCGAGGAGGCGGAGAGGCCCAGGGUGUCUGAAUUUUGCUGCCACAUCUCCGGCUGCUCUCAGGUGUUCGACACACUGGAGGGCUACGAGCACCACUACAACACACUGCACCGGAGCGUCUGCUCCUUCUGCAGGAGGUCCUUCCCCUCGGGGCACCUUCUGGACAUCCACAUCUCUGAGUGGCACGACUCACUCUUCCAGAUCAUGGCUGAGAAGCAGAAUAUGUACAAGUGCUUGGUAGAAGGCUGUGCGGAGAAGUUCAAGAGCAGCAAAGACAGGAAGGAUCACUUGGUCACUGUUCACUUAUACCCUGCUGACUUCCGAUUUGACAGACCAAAGAAAGUGAAGAGUGGUGCCAAGCACGUGAGCUGUCCUACAGAAUAUGAUGGGAGCAUGCUGAUGGAUGUCAGUGUGGAGACCUCAGAGCAGCUCCAGGCAGACCACAUGGAAGUAGUGCCCAGUGAGAGCAUGGAGGUCCCUCAGCCUACAGCCAGCACUUCAGGACCAGAGAAGCGUCUCUAUAAAUCCAGUUGGCAAAGGGAUGCUUGUACUUUGAGUUUGUCACACCUGAGAUGCCAGCGUGGUCCAUCCAACAGAAACCUGACCCCUCUAUUUGUCCAUGGGGUUACAGUGAUACCAGGCAGUGCCAAGGAUCCCAUCCACAAUCUGCUUUGGACAGGGUGCCACCCGAGGAUUUAAAGGCUCACGUAAGAAAGUGUGAAUGUCAGCACAGUAGAUUUGUGCAAGACAAAAAGACACCAGCAAUUGUGAUCGAAGCCCCCGUGUCCAAGCAAGAAUGUUUGCCAUUGCGUGCAAGGAUCUGCUCCAUAACAGGAAGGUGAAAAGGAGAAAAGGGCGGUGGUGCAGUUCGGAAUAUCUAGAUGCUUCGGGAGGUGCUUUGCCACAGUCCCUUCAUGUCUGUGUACCACGUCUCUUUGGCAGAAAUUGAGAGAAGAGCCUCGCUUGUAUUUAUUCUCCGUUAGACACAAAAGCUCUCCUCUCUGAUUUCCCCUGAAAUCAAACUGGAAAUAAAUUUUUCUGCCUCUC